UAUCUAACUUAGGUUGUAUUUAGAAAAAGUGGUAUUUAAUGCCUCUAAGACCAGGAUUCUCAACCCAUCAGCUUCAAUUUCUCUUCAAUUUUACUCAAUAAUAUAUUCUAUUAGUCAUUUUUCUGAUUUUUUUCUUCAAUUAUGUUUUAUUAAAACACAGAUUUCCAAAACUGACACGUUUUAUUCUCUUACAGAUCUGAUAUCGUUUUUGAUACUAAAGAAGUUGCCUUUUUUUGAUGGGCUGUGAAAUUUGCUCAAUGCCUUCUCAAAUUUGAUCUCUUCAAAAUACUUCAUAUAUUUCUGAUUUUAUGUAUAAAUAAUUUUAGAUUAUAGUCAUAUUCAAUGAUUUUUCUCUUUCGAAAAAUAUUCAAGGUUUGAUCUUGUUAAGGUGAAGAAUACCCAUAUAAGUAAUCUGUAAUUUCAGUUAAUUUUAAUGAUUUUUCCUUAUGAAGGUUUGAUCUUGUAAAAGUGAAGACACCCAGAAAAAAUUAUCAUAUUUUAGUAUAAUUAAAGGGUAUAUAAGCUUUGAAAACAAGAUGCAAACAAGGGUUUUGUCAUUAGAAGAAGGAAAAGACCCAGGUUCUGUGACUAGAACUAGGGGUUUACCAGUAAGAUUACUUUUAGUAUUUUUGAUGUUUUUGGUUAUAUGUGUACUAUUUUCCUUCAUUAGUCUAAGUACAUUUAAGAGAUUUGGGUUUGAUGGUGUUGUGGGAGUAGUUAAACCUGGUUAUGAGCCAUGUAUUGGUGAAUCAAAUGGUUUAGAUCAAUGGAUUAGACCUCCAUCUAAUUUGAUGCAUAAAAUGAGUGAUGAAGAGCUUUUUUGGAGGGCAACAAUGGUGUCUAGAAUGAAGAAUUACCCUUUUGAUAGAAAUCCCAAAAUCGCAUUUAUGUUCUUAACUAAAGGGCCUUUGCCAUUAGCCCCUCUUUGGGAGAGGUUCUUUAAGGGGUAUCAAGGGCGGUUUUCGAUCUAUGUUCAUGCUUUGCCAUCUUACAAUGAAGAGUUUCCUUCCUCAUCUGUGUUUUAUAGAAGGCAUAUUCCUAGCCAGGCGGCUGAAUGGGGGAAGAUGAGCAUGUGUGAUGCGGAAAGAAGGCUCCUCGCAAACGCGUUGCUUGAUAUCUCAAAUGAGUGGUUUAUACUCCUUUCAGAAUCUUGUAUUCCACUCUACAAUUUUAGCACAAUACACAAUUACAUAACGAAAUCCAAGUAUAGCUUUAUCGGUGCAUUUGAUGAUACCGGACCAUAUGGAAGGGGACGAUAUAACGAGAGUAUGGCUCCCGAGGUUAACAUUACCGAAUGGCGCAAAGGAUCUCAAUGGUUCGAAAUCAAUAGAAGACUGGCAGUCACCGUUGUCGAAGACACCAUCUUUUACCCUAAGUUCGAAGCGUUCUGUAAGCCACAUUGUUAUGUAGAUGAGCAUUAUUUUCCUACCAUGCUUACUAUCGAAGCAGCAAAUCUAUUGGCCAAUAGAAGCAUCACUUGGGUGGAUUGGUCAAGAGGUGGGGCCCAUCCUGCUACCUUCGGGAAAGGUGAUAUCGCAGUGGAAUUCUUCGAAAAGAUCAAAAAAAACAAGAGUUGUGAUUACAAUGGUAGGAACACUACUGUAUGUUAUCUCUUUGCGAGGAAAUUUGCGCCGAGCGCCUUGGAGCCAUUGUUGGAAGUAGCACCAAAGGUUUUCGCAUUCUGAUGACGAACUUUGGCAAAUACAUCCGACUUUAAGGCUAUAGAUGCGGUUAUUGGAGAGGCCGUGUUCGAGGAUCUCGAAAACAUAGAAAGUGCAGCUUGCGGUUUUUGGUGUGUAAACAGAUGAUACUGGACUGGCAGUUUUCGUAUAGAAUUCUUUAGCCUACUCCAAUUACCCAGAAAUAUUUAGAGAGCUAUGUGGGGUUGAUAUAUUAUACUUCAAUAUUUAGUGUAGAUUUUAGAAUAGUGUUGGAGGUAGUUGAGGCUUAGAUUUUUUACUAUGGUAGUUAUGUAUAGCCUAUAGUUGGCAUUUGAGCGUUGUUUUAACGUACAAGUUGAGAAUAGAGUUGUUCAUUCGAGUCAUCUGAUUGAUUUCGGGUCGGAUUGACGAUGAUAUGUUUAUAUUUCUUUUUACAUCAUUGUAAAUCUGUUUUGAAGUCGGGUUUGGAUAUACAAGGUCAGGUAAAUGUCUGGUCAAAUCUGUUUGAAUAUUUCUAGCUAGAUGAAGGCUUUUUUUAAGAAAAUAUUAAUUUUCAUUUUCUCCUUACCUAUAAGAAUUCUCUAACCUACUUAAAAUUUAAUAAAAAAAUAUAAAGAUAAUUUAUCAUGUUCACGAUUAAUG